AGAAAAUGGUCGGAUUGUGUGUCGAAGCUAAUUUUGACACGUAUUUUGCGAAAUAUCGUAAUUGAUCAUUGAAAAUAAUACUAUGUUAUUUUGCAAAUAGUGAAGCUCAGUCAAGGGCUGUGACUUUACCAAGAUGGAGUUCCGCGAGACGCUGUUGGCUGCUCAAAAAAACCAACAACAAAAAUCAUCUGAGAGUACUUACUACAAGGCGAAGUUUGAUCCUCCCAAAAAAGAGCAGCGUCAGAGAGAUAAACUAUCUGCGAAUAUACAGAAGUUUUUGGCUAAGAAGGAUGAGGAGGAAAAGCAAAAGAAAUUAGAAGCACAGCGUAAAAGGGAAGAAUUACUGGCGAUGCGUGAUCCAAAGGCGCUGCGGAAGAUUCAGAAGACGUUGAAAGUUAUCAAGUCUGCGAACAAGUCGGUACUAGCAGAUGCUGUGGACCAUGACCACACUGCCGUCACCCGCGCUGGCCCCGACCAGCCUGACCAGGAUGAUUAUGGCUAUGAGUCGCAGGAAGCUGCAGCUCUCUAUGAGAAAAUGAUGCAGAAAUAUAGCAAAAUACCUGAUGAACCUAAGUUCCCCGUUCAGAAUAAAACCGUAAAAAAGGACUUGAAUGGCACCAUAGAGAGGGUAAAACAUGCAUUGCAGCAUGAGGAUGAUCCAGUGCCACAUAAGAGGAGACGCAGAACUGGUGAUGAUCGUGAACUAAGUCCGCCAACAAAGUAUGAGCCGGAAAGAGAAAGAAAGAAAGAUGAAAAGCCAGAAAAGCCCAAGUUUCGGAAACCAGUGCCGCCGCCUAUGGACUUUAAUCAGCUGUUGAAAUUGGCAGAGCAGAAGAAAUGUGAGCCGAUUGAUAUUGGAGGGGCGGCAAAGAAGCCUAAGCAGGAGGCGGCGUCGGAGCCGGAGAGACUGAUGACCAAGAAACAGAAGAGAGAGUAUGAGGAGGAGAUGUUGCGUCGACAGCGGCGACAGGAGCGCAUCGACGCUGAGAAAGGAGGAAAGAAAAUCCAAAAAGAUAGUAGGAGUGACAGGGAAAGGUCUUCAGAUAGACCAGCUGAUAGGGAAAGACAACCAGGAUCAAUGGGAUUUGGGCGAAUUCCCAAAAUUGGUGAUAAAGCCAAUGGUAGACACGACAGUCCUAAAUCUGGUGACAGGGACAGAGAGAGGGAUAGACAGGAGAGAGGCAGACAUGAAAGAGACUUGCCUGAGAGAGGAAGACCUGAUAAACCCAGAGAUAGAGAGAGACCUAAAGAGAGGGAAGUGACAGAGAAAGUUGACCGUGAAAAAGAAAGGCUGGAUAAAGAAAGACUAGAGAAACUAAAGGCUGAAAGAGAUAGAAUAGAAAGAGAAAUGGAAAGACUCAACAAAGACAGAGACAAGUUGGACAAAACGAGACAAAAACUGGAAUCUAAAUCAGUGGACAGGAGUAAACUUCCAGUAGAUAGAAAACCAUUGCCUAAGGAUCUUGUGAGGCAGGACACAAAAAAGAGCAUAGACUUAAAAAGUCAGAAUACAUAUAGGAUAGACAAGAAUUCUAAUGAGAGGAAGGUACCGAUUGUGAAUAAAAGUGAUAGUAAACUUGCAAAUGGCCAUAGUUCUCAAGGGAAGCCUGUGCCAAAACAGAUACCUCAGAAAGAUAAAGUAUUGUUAGCAAAGAAACCCGAUGGAUCUCCGAAACUUAAUGGGCAUAGGCCUGAGAAUGGUAAACGUCUUCCAGAUAAGCCGGUGGCUAGUAAGAGGCCGGACGAUAGGAGGCCUGGGCAGGCCGCUGGGCCGAGCAAAAGUAAUAUCUCAAAUAGCUUUGACUUCGACAAGCACGUCAGCUCUCUGAAAGGUCCGCGAUUCCCCCCGGGAAAUGUAAAGAGAAAACCGCAUCCUGAUAGCAAAGGGAAAGCGAAACGUCGUUUGAAUUCUGACUCUGAGUAUGAUUCGGAGAUGGAUGAUUUCAUAGACGACGGAGACGAAGAGGAGGAUUACUCCAAGCACAUCAAGGAGAUAUUCGGUUACGAUAAGUCCAAGUACCGGUACAUUGAUGACGAUGACGAUCCCAACAUGGAGUCCAACUUCGUCCAACAACAACGCGAGGAGUACAUCAGCAAGAAACACGGCAUAAUGGAGGACUUAGAAGACAUGCGGUUAGAGGCGAUGAUGAAAGCCAAGUCGAAGGGCAAGAAGAAACGCAGGAUAAGCGACGACUAACCGACCGACCAUUGAACAAACACGGACCAAGUUCAUCAUAAUACUAGCUUACUUUAUAAACGUAUAUACAGGGAAAAUUAAAAAAAAAAGUGUUCUUGUUGCGUCUUGUUCUAAAUAACCGUCGCUGGAUGGGGUGACGUUUAUAUUAUAUUGUGAUAUCAGUAAUAAUGUGGAGUGGAAUUUGCAUUUGUUGCAAGGUUUUUUUUUAUUUAUUUAAUUUGAAUUUCGAUUUACCACGAAAGUGCAAUAGACGCAUAGUCUUAUUGAGUUAGAAAACUGCAGGUGCAGGAUUAGCGCGUAGUCUUGUAAGUUAGCCAUUCGAAGGGAUCAUUCUAGAAAUUGUCGGAACCGGCCACAUUGUAUUUGGCACCGCUUGAAUGACGCGAUACGCGAGAUUAAGCGCUAAGCAAACCUAAAAAUGUAACUAUCAAUGCGUAUGUAGACUUAAAACUGCGUUAGCUAGUCUAUUCAUACAUAACAAAACGCAGGGGUUAGUGACAUCGUAACGAAAACUUUGAGGGACGGUUCAGAUCAUGAUUCUGGGUUGAUAUCAAUUAGAAUUUUUCGUCGCAAAAGUAUAGAACUGAAGAUAAUUUAAAAAAACACUAACCGUUUCAUAAUUUUUCAACUCAGAAUGAUGGUCUGAAUCAUCCCCCUCAGUAUUUGUUAUGAUGUCACUAACUACUACUAACUACUUGUAUGUACUUGUACGGGGUGUAAGUGACAUCGUCACGAAUACUGAGGGGGAUGAUUCAGACCAUGAUUCUGAGUUGAGAAUUUAUAAAAAUGUUAAUUUUUUUUUUAAUUAUUUUCAGUUCCAAACUUUUGCGACGCAAAAUUCUACUUAAUAUCAACCCAUUAUUCUGAGUUAAUAUCAAGUGGAAUUUUCUAUCUCAAAAUAAAAAACAUGAAUCUUGCGACGGAAAAUUCCUCCUGAUAUCAACUCAGAAUCAUGGUCUGAAUCAUCCCCCUCUCUAUUCGUUACAAUGUCACUAACACCCUGUAUACUUUACAAGCCAGCUGUUCAGCCAAUUGUAAUACCUAAUGAUCCGAUCACUCUUUCACACACAUUGUGUGAUGACAACAGUGUUUAUAAUGUUAGAGACCAUGCGGAAAUCAAUUUAGAAGGUAGUUAUACAAAAAUAGCAACAUUCUGUAUUAACUAGUCGUUUACUAAAGGUAACAUACAACAAAUGAUAUAAUUUGUAACUACAAAGACAUUUGUGGCCCCAGCUCACUUGGGUAUAUAAUUUUAAAUGAAAUAUUAAUACAAUACUAAUACUUUUAUAUAUGCUUGUCAUCACAAGUUCUUUAGAUAUGGGCACAGAGAGUCUGUACUUCAAAUGGGAGACUUCCCAGGCUACGCUCCUCAAAAGCAAUGUAGAUGGCGCUGUAAAGAUUUCUAAUUUCACGGAUAACAGACAGCAUCGUUGUUUUUGGGUAUAAAUGAUUACCCUUUUUAUUACACCCAGGUGCAAUUACAUCUUCCACUCAUUGUUAUUCAACAAUAAAGAGAAGCAAUAUAUGUAGCAUCAUAAUUCUAUACAUAAUGUUAUCCAGAUAUUAAGCAACAAUUAUUUUUAUAUUUGCUGUAUUUUUGAUUGAUUAUGUAUCCAACAUAAACAGCCUAUAUACGUCCCACUGCUGGGCACAGGUCUCCCCUCAAUCAACCGGAGGGGGUAUGGAGCAUACUCCACCACGCUGCUCCAAUGCGGGUUGGUGGAGGUGUUUUUACGGCUAAUAGCCGGGACCAACGGCUUAACGUGCCCUCCGAAGCACGGAAUCAUCUUACUUUUUCGGACAAUCAGGUGAUUCAAGCCUGAAAAGUCCUUACCAAACAAAGGACAGUCUCACAAAGUGAUUUCGACAAUGUCCCCAUCGGGAAUCGAACCCGGACCUCCAGAUCGUGAGCCUAACACUCUAACCACUAGACCACGGAGGCUGUUCGUUAUGUAUCCAAGUAAUAAGAAAAUAGGUAAUAAUCACGUUAAUUCUCUACAGCGCCAUCUAUAUUAUUCUUGAGGAACAUAGCCUGGAAAUCCCUCAUUGCUUGUAAUUCUUGUCUGUAUGUGUAUUUACACCCAGUGCGAGGUAAUGCCGUUUUUCUACUCGUACUUGACUUAGGUAUAAGUCGUUUCAGGUGCUAAUUCCUGUAAAUACCAUCUAAUUUUAUUUUAAAUUAUAUCUGUCCUUUUCUUAUCCGCCGAAAAGGAAAGGGACGGGUAAUCGACAAGCAUAAAAUUUAUGGAACACACGUCAAUUUUAAGCACAAAUCUAAACCAACCGUCUAAACAUUUUACGUCAGUCAAUAACCCGACACAUUAAUUUACUCAUUCUUCCUAAAAUUAAGAGCUGUGAAUCAUCCGUCCCUUUCCUUUUCGACGGAUACGAAAAUGACGGAUAUAACCUAAAAUAAAAUUAGGUGGUGUCUGCAGGAAUCGGGGCCUCAAUCAGUAUAAUUAUGUUUGGUGUUUACUUAUUAUGCUCGACCGGUCUAUAGACGCUCUGUGUAAAGUUGUUUAGCAACUAAAUUAUUUUUUUGCGCAAAUGUAAGGAAAUCGGUGGUUACGGAACAUCUGGUGAACAUUGUGGCUUUUUUUAAAAAGGAACAAUAAUACAUUGAAGACGUUUAAAUGACAUUUAUUUUUUGGAAAUAAUUGUAAACGUAGAAUUUUAUACAGGUUGUUAGUGACAUCGUAACGAAAAGUUUGAGGGAUGAUUCAGACCAUGAUCUUGAGUUGAUAUCAAGUGGAAUAUAAUACGUCGUAAAAGUAUGGAACACAAAAUAGUUUAAAAAUAUUCAUGAAUUUUCCGACAGGAAAUUCCACUUGAUAUCAACUCAGAAUCAUGGUCUGAUCCAUCCUGUCAGUAUUCGUUACGAUGUCACUAACAACCUGUAUGUUAUAAGAACGCGGUCGGGCUAUCCUGUGUAUUGUAAUUAUUAAUUAUGUUUAAGGGUAUAGUUUAUUUUAUUUAAGUUGUAUACAUUUUGACAUGGUUUUGUACAUUAAUGUGUUAACAGUUUGUUGAAAAUAUCGAUAUUUUAUUGUUAUUAUCUCUCUGUUGUAAGCCCUUUGUAGACUUAUUUGAGGGAAUAACAAAGUUAACUCUACAGAGUUAUUGAUAAUUUUGGCCGGUGACAUUUAAACCUAUGCUAAUAAAAAUAAAAAAUACAUUUUUUGCCAGUAUUUUUGGUAUAUACAUGUGUGUUCGUUUUUCGUUGAAUAUUUUUUGGUCAUAAUAAAUUGUCAGUUUAAAAUA